AUGGACGAUCAACAACAAAUGCCGUGUUGGUACUAUGAAAGAGAAGAAUUAUAUAAAACACCAUCAUAUUAUGAUCAAAUUGACCAUGAAACAGAGACACGUCAUCGUAGAGAAGGUGCCAGAUUUUUGUCAGCCGUUAGUACCAAAUUAAAUCUUCGAUAUGAUACAUGUGCUACAGCGAUUGUAUUCUUCCAUCGAUUUUACAUGUUCCAUUCAUUUAAGGCAUUUCCACGUUAUGUAACGGCUGCUUGCUGUUUAAUGCUAGCUGGAAAAGUGGAAGAAACACCCAAAAAAGUUCGUGAUAUUGUUAAAACCGCUAGAUCAUUGCUAUCUGAUGCAGAUUUUGAACAAUUUGGAAAUGAUCCUAGGGAAGAAGUAAUGGCAUUCGAACGAGUUCUACUAAAAACGAUUAAAUUUGACUUGCAAGUUUCACAUCCAUAUUCCUAUUUACUUCAAUUCGCAAAAAGAAUCAAAGGCAAUCAGGAGAAACUGAAAGAAUUAGUUCAAAUGUCAUGGUCAUUUAUUAAUGAUAGUUUAGCAACAACACUAUGUUUACAGUGGGAACCAGAAAUAGUCGCAUGUGCUGUUCUUUAUCUAGCUACACGUAUGAGUAAAUUUACAAUAGAAGAUUGGGAAGGUCGUCAACCAGGUCAGCGUUGGUGGGAAUGUUUUGUUGAAGGUAUGAGUACUGAAGUUAUGGAAGAUAUAUGUCAUAAAAUUUUAGACUUAUACCCUGCUGAUGGGAAUACUGGUGAUGAACAGGUUGGAAGUAAUAAUACUACUUUUACGAAUAAAAUAACAACGAAUAAUAUUAAUUGUAACAGUAACAGUAAUGUAACUAAAAGUGAACUACCAAUUCAUCAUUUAACGCAUUCAACAUCAUUCGAUUCAAGCAAAUAUCAUGGAAUAAAUAGUAAAGCAGAGCCACCUGCUAAAAGGCAAGCAUUGAUGCGUCCGUCAGGGAAUAAUGUUUAUUCAUCAAGUGUACACACUGGUCCUUCUAUUGGUAGCAGUAAUAAUAAUAACAAUAAUAAUAAUAAUAAUGUUACUUCAUCGAUUAUGAAUAACAAUACUGCAGUAAUGAAACAUGUUCCAUAUUCCUCACAUUAUCAUCUACCAGUUGGUGCAAUUGUUAACAAAAAUAAAACAACUGUAUAUAAAUGAUAUUACGCUGGAAUAAGUAAGUGAUAUAUUAUUAGUUUCUAAAAGAAAGUUUGAUGAUAUUCACAGGCUCUCCUCAUAUAACUGAUACAGUAACACUUUACUUAAUGAAUCUCAAUGGACUGCAACCCAGUGAUCUGAAGGUCACGUACUUACAUACUUACGCCUACUACCCCUCGUGGAAGAGCAUAGGCAGUCCACCAGCUGAUGGUAUCCAGUCAACGGACACUGAGUAUCUUGUAUAGACAACUGUUUAUCAAUACUUGUACACUUUUGAUGAUGGCUGUAGUAGUUGUGGAUGUUUCAGGUCCGUACAACAGAACUGUUUUGAUGUUUGUAUUGAAGGUUCUGACUCUGGUGUUGACUGAUAGUUGUUUUGAGUCCCAGAUGUUAUUCGACUGCAGGAAUGCCAUCCUUGAAUUGCUAAUCCUUACGUUCACAUAUGCAUGAGAUCCUCAUUGCUCAUCGAUGAUGUUGAUCAGUCAAGUAUGUGAAUGUUUCCGCCUGUCCCAUCAAGUGUGAUUGGGUUGGUGUUAUCUGUGUUAUAUUUGGUAGCCUGCUUAUAUUUGGCGGCCUGCUUAAACAUCUGGGCUACCUGUUUCCCGUCAUCUAUAUAUUUCAACAAGUUAUCUAAUAUUGUUUGUUUUAAUACAUCAUUAUGGCUAUUAAGCACACAACCUAUUCCGGUGCGUUUCUGAAAACUGUACAACCUUUCGCUGUAAAAGUUAGAAAAGGUCUAAUCAGAGAUGUCGUGUUUGCUGGGAACAUGCAGCAAAAAAGGAUAUACAUUAUUCAUAUGUCGAUUGACUGAACUUCUGACAUCCAACUGGCGAUCACUGAAUGUUUAUCAUCAGGAGCAACGAAGAAAUAAGAAA